CUUCCAUUCACAUUGAACAAAGGGCAUACUGAAAAAUCCUACACCCAUCCGAAAGUUCUCAAAUGCAAACAAACUGUUUGUGCACCUUCCCUUCCCUUCCCGUACCAGUUCAGAGCCAGAGGCUCCGUCCCAGAAUCCAACUCUAGCCAUACGCCUGUCCGUACACUCUUACAUACGCUUGAAAUACGUAUACAAUUAACAAGUUUUAGUUCCUUAAAAAUGGAUUUGGAUUCGAAUGGUGAUGGACCCACUUCGUGGGAAGAACUAUACAACAUAAAUUUGGUGCCAUCAGAGUUGUUCUUGAAGUUCAGGAAAGAGUUACAAGGUAUUCGUGUUGGUCUCAACUUGGAGUUCUAUAAUGCUCCCAUCAAUGAAUAUCAAGCAAAGCUUGUACUGAAGCCCUUAGCACCGGACCGAAGAUGGAAGUUCAUCUAUGAGCCUACUCAUCAGGAUGUGCACCUUCUUUCAAAAAAGAUCCCUAUAACUAAAUUUCUUAAUCUCCAGGUUGGUGUAGGCCACAGUUUUCAGUUGAAUUCAACUGGUUGGAAAUGGAAGCUUACUACCUGUUUGGGUGGAGAUGGCAUAUCUCGGAUUCGGAAUAAAUCAUCAAUUGGGUUGUUUCCUGGUAUGGAUUUGCGUUUUGGGUGGAGGGCUGAUUAUGUUCUUCCAGAAAUUACUGGGGCUCUGGGUACUGGUGAACCGUUGUUCAACAUGAAUUCUGGAAAGUUACAAGCAUCACUUGAUAGAGUUGAGGCCAUACUAACCCACAGUGAUACAGCAUACUGAUCAAGUCAGAAAACCAGCAGGAUCAGCAGGAAACUGAAAAAGAUGCCGAGUCUUUAGACUUCCUGGAAAAGGAGAUUCAUUGAUCUUCACUUGGUUAGCUGCUUGAAUGGAAUGCAAGGGCCCAGUGUUGAAUUGUAUAGCUAUUGGUUGGUGUGGAUGCACAGUUCUUUGCUUUAAGUUGUAAAUUUUUCGGUGUAAAACAAGUGGUGGUCUGUGUCUUUUGAAAGACAACCCAAAAAAAUUCCGAAGUGAUAGGUCUACAGUCUCCUCAUUUCCUUCCAAAGAAAAUGAUAUGUCGUUUCAAUGAGGACCGUAACAUUGCCCUUGAUGUCUUGAUGAGGAAUGAUACUAAACACAAUUCCUCUCACAUGCGAAAGCAUGGUCGGACAGGUGUUUGGUCUAUUCAUGCUCUCAAAUAGGGCCAAGACAACUUCAUUGCACCGAAUUUUGUGUAUUGUUUUUAAUAUGAAACAUGUUCAUGAAGGAAGCA